CCCUCCCUCCUUCUCUGCUCUGGGCUGCUGCUGCUGCUGCUGCUGCUGGGACUCCUCUGGACGGAGCCUCCGAGGAGAAGGAGACCCUCCCGGCGGCUCCUCCUCCUCCUCCUCCUCCUGCUGCUGCUGCUGCUGGGUCUCGGUCGGUGGGUCUGCGUCUCCGCCUGGAGCCCGGCGGCAGGGAAGAAGAUGGUGCCGGGGGAGCCCCCGAGGACCCCCGCCCAGCGCCCCGCUGCCUCCGCCGCCUGGCCUCCUGCUGCUGCUGCUCCGGGGCUGCUUGGCGGCAGGAGCUGAAGCCGGUCCGGGAGGCGGCGGAGAGGCAGCAGCAGCGGAGGAGGAGGAGCCCCCGGAGCCCCGCCGAGCAUCGCCGGCCAUGAGCGCCGCCGCCGGCCUCUCCUGCCUGGUCUUCUUCCUCCUGCCGCUGCUGGCCCCGGAUGAGAUGGUCCACGCCUGGGCUGGUCCUUCCUCCUUGACUGACGCCCCAGACCCCCAUGGCUGGCGGACCCCUGUGGACUGUGCCAGGGCCAAUGAGCUUUGUGCUGCCGAGCCCAGCUGCAGCUCCCGCUACCGCACCCUGCGCCAGUGCGUGGCCGGCCGCGACCGCAACACCAUGCUGGCCAACAAGGAGUGCCAGGCAGCCCUGGAAGUACUUCAGGAGAGCCCUCUCUACGACUGCCAUUGCAAGCGGGGCAUGAAGAAGGAGCUCCUCUGCCUCCAGAUCUACUGGAGCAUCCACCUCGGCCUGACGGCGGGAGAAGAGUUUUAUGAAGCAUCUCCCUAUGAGCCAGUCACCUCUCGUCUCUCCGAUAUCUUCAGGCUCGCUUCAAUUGUCUCAGGGAUGGACCCGGCAGCCGCGGCGGCAAAGAGCAACCACUGCCUGGAUGCAGCCAAGGCCUGCAACCUGAAUGACGGCUGCAAGCGGCUGCGCUCAGGCUACAUCUCGGUCUGCAACAGGGAGGUCUCGCCCACCGAGCCCUGCAACCGCCGGAAGUGCCAGAAGGCCCUGCGCCAGUUCUUCGACCGGGUGCCCAGCGAGUACACCUACCGCCUGCUCUUCUGCUCCUGCAAGGACCAGGCCUGUGCCGAGCGCCGCCGGCAGACCAUCGUCCCCCACUGCUCCUACGAGGACAAGGAGCCGCCCAACUGUCUGGACCUCCGAAGCCAGUGCCGGCUGGACCCCCUCUGCCGGUCAAGACUGGCAGACUUCCAUACGAAUUGCCAGGCCUCCUUUCGCUCGCCCACCAGCUGCCCUCGGGACAAUUACCAGGCCUGCCUCGGCUCCUACGCGGGACUCAUUGGGCUUGACGUGACACCCAACUACGUCGACUCAAGCGCCACCAGCCUCACGGUGUCCCCAUCGUGUUCCUGCCGGGGCAGCGGCAACAUGGAGGACGAGUGUGAGAAGUUUCUGAAGGACUUCACCGAAAACCCCUGUCUCAGAAAUGCAAUUCAGGCCUUUGGCAAUGGCACCGACAUCAAUUUCUCCCCCAAAUCUCCCCCAUUGCCCCCCAUCACCUUGCCUCCCAAGUUGGAGAAGAGCCCGUCUCUGCCAGACAACAUCAGUGACAGCAACACCAUCUACGACACAAGUGUGAUCACCACUUGCACCUCCAUCCAGGAAAGCGGACCGAAGCCAAACCAGUCUAAAGAGCAGAGUGUCUGUUUCUCCGAAAAGUCGCUGACCACCGCUCUCACGCCAGAACAGACAUUUGAGAGGGCAAACGGUUCCGGCGGCCGGCCUUCCUUCCGGGGGACCCUCUCCGCUCUCCCCUUCCUCCUCAUGAAGGCAGCAUUAUAGAAACAGAGGCAGGCUGCUCCGGGGGAGGAAAGAGCUGUGCAAACUUUCUCGCGUCGGACACAGAGGGACGGAGAGAUGGACAGAUGGAUGGAUGGACAAAGCAUCCGCCUGGGCUCUCCUUCCACGUGUUUCUUUCUGGAUUGUUUCCUUUUCCAGAUUCCUCCUGGAGUCUUCUGCUUUCAAGAAGGCAUGAGAAUGGUCUUGGGAGCUUCUGCAAGAGCCUUUCCACUGUGCAAGAGAAAAGCCGUGCGGAGCGGAGGGAUCUUAAGCUUUGUUGUUGUGGUUUUAAAGUGUCCAAAAAAAGCAAAGAGGCCGAGUCUCCCGUGGUGUUAAAAGGUGUGCGCCCAAAAGGAUCCCAAGCGAUGUGUUUCAGGAGUAAAGCAGCCUGAGAGUCAGCAGAGGCCGGCCCUAUUGAGAGGAGAGACUUUGCUGGGCAUGGCUGAGGAUGACCCUCAGGUGAUGGCCGUGGCACUCGGCCAGGCAAGGGGCCAUUCUGUGCCCCCUGAGGAAGAUCCCUUCUGCUGUUUGGGACUCUCACAUCCUCUCUGUCCUAAACUGUCCUGUGGCUGCCAUUAUCCUCAGAGGACCUGUGGAAUUAAUUUUCUCCUCUUGGAGAAAGAAAUGCUGGUGCGGUUGUUGUUGUUUUUGUUUGGGUGGGGAGGGCACUGCCAUUUGCAAACCUGGGUCCAAGGGCAAGGGAAGGAGAGCGCCAGCCUCCCUGGGCAGCAACUUUGGUGAUGUUGCCCAUCCCCAUAGCACCCACAGACACAGCUUGUGGGGCACAAGGGAUCUUGGGUGCCAUGUUUUUUUAAAAACAAGCUGCCUGCUCCCUCCAAUCUCAGGCCACUCUUUCCUAGGAUUUUCAUGUCGGAGGACAAAGGAAGCGCACCUGUUGCAGAGUUUCCCCAUUUCCGUGGGUCUGGGGGCAACAAGCAUUUCUCCUCCUCCAUUUUGGAGUCUGGGGUGGGGAUGUCAGCCAGCAUACGAUACUCUCCUUGGAUUAUAUACAUCUCUCACAUAUGUAUAUCAAGAGAGACCCAUGUUAUCUCUAUAUACAUAUGUCUAUACAAAUCCAUAUGCAUAUAUUCAGAGGCUGCGUGUCUCCUUCCUUCCUUCCUUCCUUCCUUCCUUCCUU